AUGCCUCCCAAAAAGCAAGAUGCGGGCCCGAAAAAGAAAGCGACGGUAGACGACAAAACUUUCGGCAUGAAGAACAAAAAGGGCGGCUCCGCAAAGAGGCAAAUCGCUCAAUUACAGGCGCAAGCAAAGUCCAACAAAUCUCCCGAAGAAAAGAAGAAGGAGGCCGAGAAGGAGCAAAGGGCGAAGGAAAAAGCCGCCGCCGAGGCCGCCAAAGCCGAGGCCGCGGAACUCUUCAAACCGAUCCAGACGCAGAAGGUGCCCUUUGGCGUCGAUCCUAAAACGGUGCUGUGCGAGUUCUUCAAGAAGGGUAAUUGCGAGAAGGGCAAAAAAUGCAAGUUCAGCCACGACCUGGACGUGGGGCGGAAGAGCGCGAAGAAGGACCUGUAUGUGGACGAGCGCGAAGCCGAGAAGGAGGAGAAAGAGAAGGAUAAAAUGGAUGAUUGGGACGAGGCGAAGCUACGCGAGGUGGUGCUCAGCAAACACGGCAACCCCAAGACGACGACCGACAAGGUCUGCAAGUAUUUUAUUCAGGCGGUCGAGGACGGCAAGUAUGGAUGGUUCUGGACGUGUCCGAACGGAGGCAACAAGUGCAUGUACAAGCAUUCCUUACCGCCCGGAUUCGUGCUAAAAACCAAAGAACAGCGAGCGCUCGAAAAAGCGGAGAUGGCCAACUCGCCACUCGCGACUCUGACGCUCGAGGACUUCCUAGAAAGCGAGCGGCACAAGUUGACCGGCACCCUCACGCCCGUCACGCCCGACAGCUUCGCCAAGUGGAAGAAGGAGCGUCUCGACAAGAAGGCCGCGGAGAAGCAGGCCAUGGAGGCCAAGGAAGCCACGGGCCGAGCGAUGUUUGAGGCGGGCGGCUGGAGGGAUAACGACAGCGACGACGACAGCGACAGCGACGACGACAAUAAUGGCGAUGAUGUGUGGAAUCUGGAAGCGAUGAGGAAAGAGACGGAAAGGGCACGACAGAAGAAGGAAGACGAGCGUCUGGCGCGUUUGGAGGGUAGGCCAGUGCCAGACCGCGACGGAGAUGAUGCGGCGGCAGACGACGACGACGACGACGGUGGAGAGGGCAGCAGCGGCCAGGGCUGA